AUGGACGAUUCGGCUCAACGAACAACACGGAAUGGCCAUGUCCCAAGGGAUGGCAAGAGGGAGCCUUCUCGCUCUGAUGAGACCAUGCAGGCCCUCUCUGCUUUAAACGAUAAUCCCGAGCCUCGUCAAACCACAACCAAGCAGGCGCCCAAAGUCCCCAUGAACAGCGAUAUUUCAGACACCCAGGCGACUCUCCGUCAAGCAUUUCCUCACGUUUAUUCAUCCUCGCGAGCCCCUUCUACCCGCUCUUCAUCCAGUUCCCUCCAGGCGUUGAAUGAAGACACCGUUGUGGAUGCCCGGUCGCAAACUGGCGGUACCGGACGAAGUCCCCGGAGGACUUCUCGUCCAUCAGACGCGAGGCCGGAUUAUCCCGUUUACCCUGAUCAGUCUUAUGCCUCUCUGCAAUCGCAGGUUCACCCUACCUCCCAACCCCCGUAUGGCCGAUCUAGAGGACUCUUCCAAUCUCAUGUCGAUCCCAUCCCUCGAUUCGCACGCGUCUCCCGGACUGCUGGAAAUACCCCCAUCUCAAGCCCAGGAUUGUUCUCGAUGCAAAGCCCGAGAACGACGCCACCUUCUGGAUCCGAUGGUGAAAGCGCACUCGGUAGCCCGUAUCUCCACCCCACCCACCUACAGCCGCCUAAGGAAACCAAUACUGCGGAAGUAGAUCGGGAUCAAGUUACGGGGAACAAAUUAAUCAACCAGUACGAGAUUCUCGAAGAAUUGGGACGGGGAGAGCAUGGGAAGGUGAAACUUGGCCAACACAUAAACACCAAGCAGAAAGUUGCCAUCAAAAUCGUACAGCGUUACUCCAAACGUCGUCGACUAGGCAAGCUAGGUGAUGCGGAGGAUAAAGUGAAGAAGGAGGUUGCCAUUUUGAAAAAGGCUCGUCAUCCAAAUGUGGUCAGUCUGCUAGAGGUCAUUGAUGAUCCAAAUAGCCAAAAAGUGUAUAUCGUUUUGGAAUUUGUGGAGAACGGUGAGAUUAUUUGGAGAAAGAAGGGGGUCCGAGAGAUUGUCCAUGUCGAUAAGAUACGAUUCGAACGCGAAAAGGCAGGUAUUCCUGAUACUCCGGCAUUCCUCGAAGAAAGCCGCCAGUUCAUCAAGACUGCUCAGCACAUGCGUCGGCAAAGGGAAAAGGCACGGCAACGGGUGCAGGCCCAGGCGGCAGAUGCCCAGCAAGGCCCCAUUCCUGCCUGGAGUCUGGAACACGGUGUUGAGUCAGAUGAAGAAGCGGAAGACGACGAGGACCUCGGAUUAGUUAUGAGGCGUUCGUCUACCCGUUCAGUGGCAGUGACCGAGGACUCUCCCAGUCAAUCUUCUCUUCAAGAUAGAACUUUGGCUGCUGUUGAGGGUAGUAUGUACGGUGCUUACACUGAUUAUCCGUUUGAACGUCGCUUCAGCACCGCAUCUAGCAGUUUUGGAUAUGCGCCUUCCGAGCCAGAAUGGUCCGCUGAAGGGGACGACAUGGCAUAUGUGCCUUGUCUGACGAUUUCCGAGGCCCGCAGUGCAUUCCGAGAUGCUGUUCUCGGGCUUGAGUAUCUUCACUUCCAGGGCAUCAUCCACCGAGAUAUUAAACCGGCGAACCUUCUGGUGACAAGCAGUUAUCGGGUGAAGAUUUCGGAUUUUGGUGUCUCUUACCUGGGUCGACCCAUGCAUGAUGAGGAGGAAGAGCAGGUUGGUGAGACUGACGCGACGGACUCGGACAAUGCACGCGAGCUGUCUAAAACCGUGGGCACCCCUGCUUUUUACGCCCCGGAACUCUGCUAUACUGGAGAAGACUUUGAAGAAACCAUUGGGUCUGUGCCUAAAAUUACGGGUGCCAUCGAUGUGUGGUCACUUGGGGUCACUUUGUAUGGCAUGGUCUUUGGACGCCUUCCCUUCGUCUCAGACGACGGAUACAGCAUGUUCCAGAGCAUUGUGAAAAAAGAGGUAUUCAUUCCACGCAAGCGACUUGUUCCUGUCAAGGAUCACUCUUUUGAUACCCAACAAGACGAAUGUCGCGACAGCGAUCAGCUUGUAUAUGAAGAAAUUGAUGAUGAGCUAUACGACCUUUUGCGCCGACUGUUGACGAAAGAUCCUGUGAGGCGCAUCACGCUAAAAGAGAUCAAGCACCAUCCCUGGACUCUCUACGGACUCCCCAACCCUCGGGCCUGGGUAGAGGAAACUGAUCCCGGUCACCAAAGCAAAGGCAAACGGAUUGAGGUCUCUAAUGAAGAAGUCACCACUGCCGUCAGUAAGGUGCCCUUCAUUCAACGAGUCCGUUCCAACGUGGCAAAAUGGUUCACGGGUCGCUCGUCGAAGGAAAAGGAUCCUCGCAAGCACACAUCAACCCCAUCAACAGACACGCUGUCCUCGACCUCCAGUAGCAGCACUUUUGGCAAGGCAUCGUCUCAGAGCCGACGCUCAAGUUUGAAAGGUGAUGAGGACCUCCGCUCUUCAAGACUUUCUGGCCAGGGGGAGCAUCCGUUGGCCCAAAGCGUUACCGCAAGUCCGGUCCAGGAAGAGUCUCUGUGGUCCUCAUGUUUCGACCUGGCUGCUCAAAAAUCGGAACGAAAUACAAUCCCCACUCCCGGUGUGCCAACCCGCCCUGACCCUCCUCGACGUGCGAGAUCUUCCAUGUCCAAUGCAGAGUCAACUAAAACCGUCCGAAAGAUUAGCAUGGAUAGCCCUGCCAGACCUCGGACGGGUGCCUCAAGCAUCAUCGAAGCCUUGGGCGGGGCCCACUUGGGAGGCCUCCUCUCUGGGUCCUCACGACGAUCCUCGCGUAAUGGAGCAUUUGGCAGCUGGAGCCGCCGUACGUCUCCGGCCGGAGAGGAUGGAGACCAUCGUUCGGAGCCCAGCGUUGCUUUAAGUAAUGCUUCCGCCAUGGGCCAAGUACGGUCUACUGGGCUGUGGCAUACUCAAGCCACUGCGCCCCUUGAGGUUCCAGCCUCUGCGCACAGACGCAACCGCUCGCAGCAGCUUGCAGGAAAAUCAUCUGCGGAAUCCUUCAACCUUACCAAGGAAGCUCUUUUGCGUCAUAAACGGAGUGACCUCGACCCAGGUACUGAUGACACCUUAAGACCCAACAUGGAGAGUGCGAUGUAUUCCACGGAUUCCCUUCAAUUGCCAACCAUCCCCCCCCCCGAGAACGCGGAGGUUUCCAGCAAUGGCCUCGCUGUCUCUACUCCUUCAGCUGCCACUAUCUCUUCCUCUUCUGCAGAUGACUUUACCAGUGGCAUGUCGCACAGCGCAUCUCACCCCAGUAUCCCGUCCGUGGUUUCCGGUGCUUCCUCCCUCUCCGGGGAAGGGCUAUAUCUCAGCAAGGAAAAAAGUGCCGAAGACACCUCUCCUGUUCCCUCUAUCCUUCGCACUGGCGAGACAGUCAAGGCUCGCAUGCCAGAUUCGCCUCCGCGCUUCCCGGAAGAGGACGAAUCGCGAUACUAUUGUGACGAUGAAGACGAAUAUGAUGAUGAGUCCGAAGAUGAAGUUCUUGUCAUCGGGAAAAAGAAACCCACCACCAAGGCACCUAUUCCUACCGGCACCAAGCCCUCUGCAAAGUAG